AUGGGCUAUGACAUCUCCGAUUAUAUGGACAUUGAUGGUCGAUACGGCUCGUUGAUCGACGUGGAUGAGCUGAUUGCCCAAUUGAAGAAGCGCGACAUGAAGCUCAUGAUGGACUUGGUUGUCAACCAUACCUCUGAUCAAAGAGGAUGGUACUUCUGGAAGAAAGGCAAGAUCGAUACGGAUGGCAAGCGUCUGCCUCCAAACAACUGGUGCCGCAUUCUGGACACCACCAAAUCAGCAUGGCAAUGGGAUGAGGAGACACAAGAAUACUAUCUGUCUCUGUUCUCACCGGAGCAGCCUGAUCUGAAUUGGGACAAUCCAAAUGUUCGAGCUGCAGUACACGACAUCCUACGAUUCUGGCUAAAUCGGGGUGUGUGUGGGUUUCGGAUGGAUGUCAUCGACCAUAUCAGCAAAGUUCAGAGCUUUCCGGAUGCCGACAGGACCAUUCCUGGUCAGUACUGUCAGCCCGGUAAUGCAUAUUACGCCAAUGGGCCUCGACUCCAUGAGUUCCUUCAUGAGAUGAAGGCAGUACUUGAUGAAUAUGACACAAUCACAGUUGGAGAGAUGCCUUUUGUGAACGAUGAGGAUGAGAUCAUCCGAACCGUUGGUAUGCAGGGAUCGCUGAACAUGAUCUUCCUCUUCAAAAUCUUGAACAUGGACAACGAACCUGGUCAAUCAAAGUGGUCAUACCAUGAGUGGGACGCUACUGACAUGAAGCGUAUUCACGAUCAGACACAGCGACUGAUGAUUGAGCGUGGUGGCUGGAACGCGAUCUUUACCGAAAACCACGAUGGCCCAAGAUCUAUAUCACGAUUUGCUGAUGAUAGUGAUCAAUGGAGAGACUUUGCCGCGAAGAUGCUCUGUACCAAGUCGAUCACACUUGGAGGAACCGAGUAUAUAUAUCAGGGCCAGGAACUGGGCAUGCGGAACAUUCCUUCUGACUGGUCCAUCGACGAGUACAAGGAUGUAGAAUCUCAAAGCUACUGGCGAGCGACUCCCAUGCAAUGGAGCGCCGCACCAAACGCAGGAUUUAGCAAGUCACACGUCAAACCGUGGAUGCGAGUCAAUGACGACUAUCCCAAUGUAAACGUUGUGAGACAACUAGCAGAUCCUGAUUCGGUGCUCUCGUACUGGAAGCGCUGCCUAAAGUUUCGCAGGGAACACAAGGAAGUCUUUAUCUAUGGCGGCUUUGAGAUUUUGGAUCCAGAAGACAAGGAUGUCGUAGCCUUCCGACGCUUUUCUGAGCAUGAAAGUUUCGUAACUGUUACAAACUUCACCGGCAAACAUUUGAAGUGGUCGGGCCUGGGAGAAAUCAAGAUCAAGGAGUGGGUUAUUGGCAACUAUGAACUCGAGUCUCACAACGAGAGUCCAGGUAAGAUAGUCAAGCUACGACCAUGGGAAGGUAUCAUCGGAAGGUCUUGA